AGCCUACACACGACAGGGGCCAUCAUGACCACUGUAUGUGACUGUAGUAACGAGCGAAAGGAUGGGUUCAUCGCCUUCGACGAUGAAGACUGCCUCCUUGGAUCGGAAGAUCCUGCCCCCCCAAAAAAUGUUACGUACACCCUGUACUCCCAUUUACCAGAAGUUAAACGAUUCCCAGGACACGUUUGUCGCAUGUGGGCGGUCACUCGAUCUAUCUUUACCGACUUCUUCGGUUGGCAUUACACUACUGAAAGUAAAUGGGCCGUCCCAGUAUCCACUUCCGACUGUGAAGAAAUGCGGGAUCUAAGGAAAUGCAAAAACGAGACAAUGUACGCGAAAGGCAGUCACAAGUACACCUAUGACGUGAUACCCUCGUUACAGCCGGUUUGGAUGACAAAACGUUGGGCCGUCACAUUCCAUUGUAAAAUCGCGGAGGUCGCACUGGAAAGUGAGUGCGACAAUUGCACUAUCAACUCCCCCGUCGGUACAAUCGAAUUCCCCUAUAACGGAUCCGUGACCAGAAACCUUCAAACGCUUAUUUGGGAAGACGCGUACAAAGAAAAACCAUGUGAUCUCAAACUAGCAGGCGAAUCGGUAAACGACGGCCUGUUGUACAAGACUCACGACCCAAAAAUGCGACGCUUACAGGAUCGGAUCAGCCAAACAGACUACCUCGUUAAUGUUACGAAGGAAUUAGAACGGUGUGGCAAAUCCGCCUUGUUCAGCAUAAAUGGAAUGGAAAAAAUCCUGAUUGUCAUUAACAUACCAACGCCGGAACUGUAUACCUCAUAUGCCUCGGGUUUUACGAACGCUACAGAACCACUAGCCACUCCAUUGUUAGUCGAAGUACACUCAAACGGGUCUUACGACAGCAUCGAUUCCCAGAAUACCACAGAGCGUAAGAUUCCGCCGUCAUUAGCAGCAGAGAUCAAGCAGGCGGCUCAUCAUCAAUAUACCAGGGAUCUGGCACUAGACCAAGUAAAUCGGCUGGCGAAUGAAAUUAGACGCCUCCAAUGCGAGAACCGAAAAGCAACACGCAAUAGUAUCCUCUUGAGUGCUAAGAACGAUGGGUGGUACGCGGCUACCCAACUCCAACUGCCUAGUUGUUCAAGAUUAACGGUGUAUGGAGCGCAGGUUGAGGUUGCACGUUGCGCACCUUUUAAUGUAUCCUUCGGGGCCGAGCGGACGAAAUGUGGAAAUCAGCCCCGUUUUAUGAACUUCACAAUAGCCCAUAACGGAUGGCAACUUGUUCCAUAUCACCCAUGUUAUUGGCCCGAACCUAACUACGUCAACUUUAAUGGGAAAACUCACAUCUACGCGGAUGGUGGGUGGGUUCCGGUAAUCUCAACAGUUCCAACAAACGGCAGACGCCUGGUCGGAUUGGCGACGUAUGAAGCUGAUAAUUCUCUACAAAAUUUUUUGCAAAUGAAUCCCGCGAUGCAAAACGGGCCGUUGAGUCACGCGUCGGUGAUGGCCGACAUCUUGGCUUCUAUUCAUGAACAUUACGCAGAAGAUAACUCACGUCAAUUACUGACAUCAAACGUACUCAUUCAUCACGGCGACGCACCGAACAUUGAUUUCGUCGCUAAGAUCGGUGGAUGGGUAAAGAAUUUCGGAGCAGUCUCGGGAUUUGGCGCGUUGUCAGUAUUGGCCGUGAGAUUUUGCGGAAUCGGUUCGCUACUACUCAAGGCUUUCCCCCUCCUUUCCAAAAUCCUCCAAAUGACUUGUUUCAAAAAGCCUCCAUUGGCCAUCACCGCUGCAGAUCUACCCAUGUCAAUCGACGUACAACCAACAGCAGUGACCAACCCAUCCCAAUCCACCGCAUUCGCAUCGACAGCAGUUCCACCACGCCGUACGCGACCGCGCCAACCACGACCGCCACACACGACUCAGGAAGGCGAGGCCUUCUUACCACGUAGACAGCCACGAAGAGUAGAAUAAAAUUGCCAUAGUGUCGUUUUUUUAUCACUAGUACCUUUCCUUUUCCCUUAUAAUUUCGCCGCUGUGUACCUAUAAUCAAUAUGCUCCAAUUUGUGUACUUUCCUUAAAACCCUCUUCUAGACUCAAUAGCAUAAUUUUCUGGUGUCGGAUUGUCCACUUUUCAAACCAUGUUUCAUUUUUUCGUCUCCUCAGUAGAAACGGGUCAGCAAAGGAAGUUACAAGGGAGAAUGUAAAAGAGAUCAAAAGUAUACGCACCCCCCAAAAACAAAAACAAAAAAGCACUGUAAUAAUACUCACGAAGGAUAUGCCGGCUGAAUGGUUCAACUCGGGAGCACGACAAAUAGACGAAGUCUAAUCCAGGAAACUGAAACGUCGUACCCGUGUCAUCAGCGUAGGAUUCACACAUCAUUCGAUGAAACUAAA